CGCCUUGUGUGGUUGUGUGUGUUCGAGCGUUGAUGCCUCUAGGAGGUCACUAGAAACAAGAUGCUUCAAUAUGGUGUUGUGGAGAGGAAACACAUGAGAGUAGCGUGUAUGGCCGUGGUUCUCCUGCUGGUCGCCUACUGCUACAUCACACACUUCAGCCCUCCCCUACACCAACCACUACCUCCCCUACAACAACCUCUACCUCGCCACCCAUCAACAACGAACGUGUCAAGCAGCCUCACUACAAACGAGGAACAUCUCCCAUGGUGGGACGGUGGACGCUGCAGAUGUGACGGGAAGGUCUGUGUUCCUGAGAAGGAAGUCCCGAAAGUGUCCUUGGAAGGCGUGGGCGGUUCGUGUGGCCGGCGGGCAUGGGCGGCAGGACCCAAGCAGCGGGUGGUCUCCUAUGCUGUGUUUGGAAACAACUCCGACUAUUGGCUGGGACUUGAUGAGCUUCUGACAGAGAUCGCCCGUAUGUAUCCCGAGUGGGUAGUGAGAGUCUACACCAUCCCACAGCCCACCCUCGCUGCUGACUUCUGCCCACUCCUGAGACGUCACCCCCACCUGUACAUCUGUGACGUCACCAACCUGCCACCACCCGUGGGCAACAUAUCCGGCCUCCACCCCAUGAUGUGGCGCACGGCCCCCCUGGGGGACCCCCAGCUGACACACCUCAUGGUCCGGGACACUGACUCACAGGUGAGUGAGCGAGAGCAGGCGGCAGUGAACGCCUGGCUGGCGUCAGGGAAGCAUUUGCACGUGAUGCGGGAUCACCCACAACAUGGUGCGCCUAUCUUGGGUGGGACUUGGGCAGCUCGCUGGGACCAAGACAUCAUCAACGCCAGUGAACUCAUUACCAUCAGGGACCUCAUGUUCAGGGACGCUGUUGGCACCUCCCGUUAUGGAGGAGAUCAAGCCAUUUUAGCAAGAAGACUGUGGCCGGUGAUGAAGGGUCAGGUGCUGGGCCACGACAGUUACACCUGCACAGCUUUCCCAGGAAGUGUUCCAUGGCCCACGCAGCGGGUGGACGGGUUCUUCGUGGGAUCUCCCAGAUAUCGGAAACAGUACAGGAAUGAGAAAGUAUCCGCUCACUGUCCAGUUCAAUGCCGCCCCCAGCAACACCAGGACUGGUUGUUAUGCUGAUUGUCUCACAAUGUCUACAUCCCCAGUAAAGUUCUAUUUGAGCUGUUUUUCAUUAUUAAUUAAGUCGUUUUGGUCUAAUAGUAGGUUAUGAGUUAAAGUUUUUGGUUAUGGUCAACUGGAUUUUCUCCUCUGGAUAUAAUGUCCUUCAUAAUGUCUUCAUCUGUCAUGUAUUUGGCGCUCAUGAUGAAUUUAUAAUAUAAAUUGAGAGGUGGGGGCUUCUGGUGUGGUGGGUUAGAGUUAUAUCAUUUAUCUAGAUAAUUUUUACUAUAGGCCCUCACUUCUUUCUUUAUCUAUAGUUUAUUGGGUCUUGCACACUUCUCUCCAGUUCUUAAUGCACUGCGUGACAGUUUGUGCAGUGGGUGAGAAGUCUUCAUAUGUAUGAGCUCAUCACUGAGGCCGUCCACACACAUUCCCAUGAUUGUUCGUGUCGUGUAGACUUCAGUGGUGAAGAAGGCGUCUCUGGUCUUGACGUAUACGUCGAGGGAAGGGAAUGCACCGUCGAUACCAAGUUCUUGUGUGAACUGAAGUACUGAGGCUCAGUAAGUGAUCGCUUAAUCUGUUCAAGCUCUUGAAGAUCCUUGACACUGAUGAAAAUGUCAUCAAUAUACCAAAAGCCAACACGAAACCAACAAACUUGUAAUUUAAACUGUAUAGAAUAUAAAAAAAAUUGGAGCAUGUUACAAUUAUUAAUAUAUUUUCC